AUGAUCGAGUUGUUUAAGAAUUUAAGAGAGAUGAAAACAAUUCUGUAUGGAAAUAGUGAAGCUGAACCAGUGCCGGAAGCUUGUUCGCAAUUGACUCAGGAGUUCUUUAACGAAAAUACUUUUCGACUUCUUGUCGAGUGUCUUCCGAAAUUGAACUUGGAGGCCAGGAAAGAUGCUACUCAAGUAGUUGCAAAUUUACAGAGGCAGCAGGUUCAGUCUAAGCUGAUCGCGUCUGAUUACUUGGAAAGGAAUAUGGAUCUUAUGGAUAUUUUGAUAUCUAGCUAUGAAAACCCAGAGAUGGCUUUGCAUUAUGGUGCAAUGUUAAGGGAGUGCAUACGUCAUCAGAUUGUUGCAAAAUAUGUUCUAGAAUCACCUCAUAUGAAGAAGUUUUUUGACUACAUUCAGAUCCCAAACUUCGACAUAGCUGCAGAUGCCGCAGCAACUUUUAAGGAACUCAUGACGAGGCAUAAAUCUACUGUAGCCGAAUUCCUUUCCAAUAAUUAUGAAUGGUUUUUUGAUGAAUAUAACUCCAAACUAUUGGAAUCUUCAAAUUAUAUUACAAGGCGCCAAGCUGUGAAGUUGUUGGGAGAUAUGUUACUUGAUCGCUCAAAUGCUGCUGUAAUGUCAAGAUAUGUCAGCUCCAGAGAUAACUUAAGGAUUUUAAUGAAUCUUAUGAGAGAGUCAAGCAAGAGCAUACAGAUCGAAGCAUUUCAUGUUUUCAAGCUAUUUGCUGCUAACCAAAAGAAACCACCAGAUAUCAUCGGCAUACUUGUUACCAACAGAAACAAGCUUCUGAGGCUGUUGGGCGACUUGAAAAUCGAUAAAGAGGAUGAACAAUUUGAAGCUGACAAAGCUCAAGUCAUGAAGGAAAUUGCUGCUCUUGAACCUAGGGAGUAG